CCUGAAGGACAAAAUCCAAGUAUUGGAGGCUGGUGAGUGCUCAGAGCCUCUGAGGUGCUCCCUCCUUGGAGGUGUGAUCCCUUCAGAAGAGUGUAGCUGAGGCUUCUUUCAGUGACCAUCUAGGGUAUACUGGGGAAACAAUUUGGAGCUGAGGAUGGGGGUUGACUAUGAACCUGGCAGACUGGAGUGUAAACCUGAAAUCUUUCCUCCAUUUAAGUCUGAACUUGUCCUUCCUAAAGUGAUGUGUGAAGCUGCUGGAUCUGGGAUAGGCCAUUUGGACAGGAGAAGAACAUGGAGUCAGGCUGGAGGGCACCUUUGCCUGAAAUAGCUCUGGACUAGUCCUGAGGCUAUUUGUGGGUGAAUCUCUGAGCAUGCGCAUGUGUCUCUACCUGUGUGUCUCUCUGUGCAACCAUAAGGGUUCCCAUGUGUAUCUGUGUAGAGUUUCCAUCUCACCAGCUGUGAGGCCACAGACAGGUAAUUUAAGCCACCCGGCCUCCAUUUUCUGUGUCUGUAUUACGGGGCUAAUAAUAAUUUUUAUAAGGUGUUACUAAGGCAGCAAAAUGACACAAUGCACAUAAACUUCUUAGCACAGUUCCUGGUACUUAUACGUUGGGCUAUUAUUACCAAUGCCUUGGAUAAGUUACUUAACCUCCAUGGGCCUCAGUUUCUUCACGUGUAAAAUGGGUACAGUUCUCAGAACCUAGAACUGUUCUAAGAAUUAGAGCAAUUGAUAACCUAUAAAGUUAUCACAUAUGCAAUAAAUGUUAGUGAUUAGAAUGUGUAUUAUCUUUGUGUACGGAUGUGUCUGGAUGAGAAUAUCUGAGUUUGUGAAUGUCUUUGAGCAUGUCUGGCUGCUUGUGUGUGUAAAUACACAUGUAUAUAUGUGUUUAAGUGUUUUUAUAUGGCCAGACAGGCCCAGUCUCUCUUGUGGAGUUUGCUGUUGGCCCAAGCCUGGACUCCCUGAGCCAGCUACGGCCGGCGCCGGGGAUGGAAUUUCCAUUAAGAAUUAAGCAGCACAGCACAGCAUUGAGAAGCCAGGCAGGCAGAGGGGAGGGGGUCGACGGGGUGGAAGCUUCAACUCUGAGCUCCCUUGGGCGGCCUCAGUACUGAACUGCCUUGGACAAGCUUUGCCUUGAGUCACAGGCCUUCUCAGGGCCAUGGCCCAGAAGGAUGGGCAAGGGGAGAGAAGCUGUUCACAGGGGCCUCUGUAAGGAGACUUGGAGUUGCUGUAGCCAAGACUAGAGCCAUGAGGCGGCCCCCCGGGAAUGGAGAGUCGGCCAGCAAAGGUCCAGGUGGCUGGGGUCUAUGGGGAGUCCAGGAGUCCAGGAGGCUGUGCCGUGCUGAUCACGACCGCUGCCAGCAGGCCUUGCUGCAGAUUGGGAUCAAUAUGAUGGCACUGCCUGGAGGUCGCCACCUGGACUCCAUCACCCUGCCAGGUCAGCGGCUGCACCUGAUGCAGGUGGAUUCAGUACAGCGCUGGAUGGAGGAUCUGAAGCUCAUGACUGAGUGUGAGUGCAUGUGCAUCCUGCAGGCAAAGCCCAUCAGCCUGGAAGAGGAUGCGCAGAGUGAUCUCAUCCUGGCAGGCGGCCCUGGCCCUGGAGACCCCCUGCAGCUGCUGCUCAAACGGGGCUGGGUCAUCAGCACAGAGCUGCGCAGGAUUGGGCAGAAGCUGGCCCAGGACCGCUGGGCACGGGUGCACAGCAUGAGCGUGCGUCUGACCUGCCACGCCCGCUCCAUGGUCAGCGAGUACAGUGCUGUCAGCAGGAGCUCCUCGCAGGAAAUGGGCCAGAUUGAGAAGCUGCUAAUGGAGAAAUGCUCAGAGCUCUCAGCAGUCACAGAGAGGUGUCUUCAGGUUGAGAAUGAGCAUGUCCUGAAGUCAAUGAAGGCCUGUGUGAGUGAGACCCUGAGCAUGCUGGGCCAGCACUUUGGCCAGCUGCUGGAGCUGGCCCUGACACGGGAGGUACAGGCACUGGUGAGAAAAAUUGAUGCCUCGGACAAUAUCUACACCACAGAGUCCACUACAGGGAACCUGUUCAGCCUGACCCAGGAGGGGGCUCCUUUGUGCCGCAUCAUAGCCAAGGAGGGUGGGGUCAUGGCACUCUUCAAGGUUUGCCGGCAGGACAGUUUCCGGUGCUUGUACCCCCAGGCGCUCCGCACGCUGGCCUCCAUCUGCUGCGUGGAAGAGGGUGUCCACCAGCUGGAGAAGGUGGAUGGCGUUCUGUGCUUGGCCAACAUCCUGACUGACGACAGCCACUCAGAGGCCACACGGGCUGAGGCUGCGGCUGUGGUGGCCCAGGUCACCUCCCCACACCUGCCUGUCACCCAGCACCUCAGUAGCUUCCUGGAGAGCAUGGAGGAGAUCGUGACAGCCCUCAUCAAACUGUGCCAAGAGGCCUCAUCAGGGGAAGUCUUCCUGCUGGCCUCUGCGGCCCUUGCCAAUAUCACCUUCUUUGACACAAUGGCCUGUGAGAUGCUCCUGCAGCUGAACGCCAUCCGUGUCCUCCUGGAAGCCUGCAGUGACAAGCAGAGAGUGGACACGCCUUACACUCGAGACCAGAUUGUGACCAUCUUGGCAAACAUGUCUGUCCUAGAGCAGUGCGCCACUGAUAUCAUUCAGGAGAAUGGGGUCCAGCUAAUCAUGGGCAUGCUGUCUGAAAAGCCAAGGUCUGGGACCCCCGCUGAGGUGGCAGCCUGUGAGAGAGUCCAGCAGAAAGCUGCAGUGACCCUGGCCCGUCUCAGCCGAGACCCAGAUGUGGCACGGGAGGCCGUGCGGCUCAGCUGCAUGUCCCGUCUCAUCAAGCUCUGCAGAUCCCCGUCAGAGAGGAACAGCAGUGACGCUGUGCUCGUGGCCUGCCUGGCUGCUCUGCGUAGAUUGGCUGGGGUCUGUCCUGAAGGCCUCCAGGACUCUGACUUCCAACAAUUGGUCCAGCCUCGGCUUGUGGACUCCUUCUUACUCUGCAGCAACAUGGAGGAGAGUUUUGUGUAGUGAGUGUGGGAGAAGAAAGACAUUUGGCUGUUCUCACACCCCCUCUGAGUAUGCACCAGUGAACACACCUGAAUACAUACCAGCUCUCCUCAUCUCCUUAUUUAUACUUAACUUAUUUUUUUGUGUGAAAUAAACGGAGGGCAAAAUCUUAAAGUAACAUCGUCAAACAGUCUGUGGUCCUUGGGAAUCUUCUUUGUUUUUAUUUUUUGACUUCUGUAGCUUUUCAGUUGCAGAUGUUGAAAUUCAUAAUGGCUAAUAUGACAGAUUGUCAUGAGUAAUUCCACUUUGUUUACUCUUACUAUAUAAUCUUGCCUCAUUUUUUUGAACUUUGGAACCAAAGUAUUUCAACUACCUAGCAGGGUUUUUAUUUUUUUUUAAGUUAGAUUUGCUCUUCCCAAAAAUCUAAAAUGAAUUUCAUAAUUGGGUAGACUAUAUUAGAAGGAAGUUUUUUUUUUUUUCUUUAAUUAAUGGAAUCAUGUAACAUGUAUCCUGGAUUUUCUUAUUAAAUUGUAUUUUAAACUAAGUUCUUGCUUCCCAAGGUUUCAUUCCCCAAAAACUUUUCCAACUAUUAAAAGUACAUACAGAAUUGUCUUGUUUUCAUAGGUGCAUAAAUAGGUGAAGUUCUGAAUGCUUUAGUGAGAAACCACAAUGACUUUCAAAGAUACUUCCAAAGGCAUCAGAAACUCUGCUUCCUUUGUCUUCUCUGCUUUUGUGUAACCUCCUAUUCAGCUCCUGGUGAAUAGAAUCCUCAAAUGAGGUUUAUUGAACGAUUGCUCCUCAAAAGUAUAUUUGAAAGCAGUGGUGUGCCGAAGCCAACUCAUGCCCGCUCAUGAAGGACAACUGUGAGAAUUUCUUCCCAAGCCUGCACUUAGUGACCUUGUGUUGGUAGCUGUGAGCUACCUCUUGAACCCUCCUGUUGAAAUUGGCCAUAGUGGGAGUAUUUACACCCCAGAAAUUAGCGGAUGCUAUAAAGCACAGCUUUUGCUUUUUUUUUUUUUAAGAGAGAGUUGGUUUACUGAUAUCACGGCUUGAAAGUAUUGCAAAAAUCUGUGUAUCCUUCUGAAAAUUUUAAUGCCAUCGAAUUGUGAUAUAAUUUUACACAACAUAAUAUAAUUGUGUAAAAUUGUGAUAUAGUAAUGUUUCAAGAAACAUUUCUUAAAUUCCCAA